GAUAUAACAAAGUAGCCACAAGAAGUUACAACUGAGACACCGACUACACGGAGAAACACAACGCUUCGGCAGGAAAUCUUAGCUUACUGUGUCAGCACCCACUGCAGCUGUAAACUAACCAAUGCAGAGGAUGGAUUUUAAAAUCAUAAACAGUCAGCCUGAUGUAUACUGAGAAGCGACAGAACAAUUAUGAAGUGGUUCACUGAAAGAGGUGACAGAAGGUGAUUGAUUAACUGUUAAUAUUGUCCAAACUGAGAACCCUUAGAGGUUCACUUGAACACCAUGGCUUAUAGUGUGGACUUACAUAUAGAUGCUGCUGAUGCUAUCCCAGUGUUUAGUGACGAUGAUCUUGCUUCUCCUGAUUCUUGUUUUGACGAAGAGUUGGUCCACAAUUCCUUUGCCAAUCUCAUCUCUGAGCAGAGUGCCCUGGAAUCUGAGCCAUCAGUAAUGAUUGAGAUGGCAGGUCUGCCUGGUGCAGGGAUAGAAAAUGUAGGUUAUAUCAGAUCACCCCCUCGUGCACAAUGCAAGUUCAAUGAUGACUGCUAUGAUCCUGCUACGUUGAAAGUGCUCUCCUUCAUGCCCAGCAGAACUAUAGGUCGUUCUCGAGGGGCAAUUAUCUCGGAGUACUACAAUCGCACUUUAAGGUUACGGCGGCAAAGGGCUCGGCCUGCUCUGAAAGAUAUGUCUCGAUCGAUGAGACCAAGCAUACGGGAUGUAGCUGCAUUGGAUGAGAAUUGUGAAGAAGAAUUAGAAAAGAAGAAGCUGUUGGCUGAAUUGCAGCAAUUGUCUGGGAGUGACUGCACCAGGAUGUUACGGACCAUGCCACUGAACCUUUCUGUGAAAAGGGAACUAAGACGUAUGACAUCGAACUGUAAAGAUCAUAGCAGUGUCCCGCUUGAUGAGAACUUAUCAUGUUGGAGUCAAACAAAGUACACUCUAAUCAUUGCUGUCAGGCAAUGCUGGUAUGGAUUUCUUUCCCUUCUGCAUGCGUUUCACUUAAGGCAGAUUGCCCUGAAACAGAUCAGCGGCCGCUUUGGAACAGGGGUGCUUUCAUAUUUCAUCUUCCUCAAGAUGCUGCUGAUAUUCAAUGUUUUCCACCUUCUCAUGAAUGUGUUCUUCAUUGUCAUUCCCCAAGCUACUCAUCCCCCUAAAAUCCCAGAAAGACAAUUCUUUGGACUGGAGCUGCUGACUGGCAUUGGAUAUUUCACAGACACGGCUCUAUACUAUGGGUAUUAUACAAAUAACACUUGGAGUAUCUUGCAUGGACAAUACAAUAUGAGUGCUCCUAAGCUGCCAUAUAAUAUGCCAAUAGCAUAUAUUUACACGAUUGGAGGUUCCUUCUUCAUCACCUGCAUAAUCCUGGUCCAUUGCCUGUCCAAAGCCUUUGGAGAGAGUUACAGAGUAGGCAGCACCUACGGAAAUCUGGUGACGAAAGUGUUCUGCUCUUGGGAUUUUAAAAUGACACAGAAACAGUCGGUUGAGUCAAAUUAUGAGAACAUCAGCACCCGGUUAAAGGAGUCUCUUACUGAGCACAAAUUCCGUGCAACUCACUCAAGUAUUACUCAAUGGAUGGAAAAUCUAUCAGUUCAUAUACUGGGCUGGAUUCUGUCCUUGGGGAGUGUUGUCGGAUGUGGUGCUGGAAUUCAUUACUACUCAGAAAGCAUACUCAAGGAUUAUUCACAAGAUAUCCAGCAAGGAAUUCCUGAGAAGCUAGUAGAGAGCAAACUGCUAACACUUCCUUUGAUUGUGUCAGUCAUUAACCUCGUGAUGCCCUACGUUUAUAAUCUAAUUGGGUUACUGGAAAAAUAUGACUUCCCACAGCAACAGAUCUACGUUUCCAUUACCAGAAAUCUGCUUUUGAAGUUAGCCAUUUUAGGACCACUUUGUUUCCACUGGAUGGGAAGUAAGUUAAAAGAGACAGCAGAAAUACCAUGCUGGGAGACGUUCGUAGGGCAAGAAAUAUAUCGUUUGCUGGCGGUAGAUUUUAUAUUCAUUAUACUGGAUACAGUUUUUGGAGAGUAUGUCUGGAGGGUCAUAUGCAUUAAACUGCUGAAAAGGAAGAGAAAACCUGAGUUUGACAUUGCCAGAAAUGUUUUGGAUUUGAUCUUUGGACAGACGCUCACUUGGUUGGGCCUCGUGUUCGUACCACUCCUGCCUGCAAUUCAAAUGAUCAAAUUUAUUGUUAUCUUCUUUAUUAAAAAGCUCAGCUUAAUGAAGAACUGUCAGCCUCCACACAAACUCUGGCAGGCAUCUCAUAUGAUGACUAUCUUUAUUAGCCUGCUGUGUUUCCCAUCAUUCCUUGGAGCCACUGUUGUUUUUUCUUACACUGUGUGGUACAUAAAGCCAUCAUCAUCUUGUGGCCCCUUCCGAUCACUGGCAGCUAUGAGUGAUUCUAUAACAAACUGGGUCCAAAAACUGGAUGAGAACGGUUCUAAAUUUUUUAAGUAUUCGUGGAUCUUCGUGAGAAAUCCUUUCAUCUUUUUCUUGGCAUCAGGAUUCCUACUAAUAUUGAUUUAUUUUCAUUGUCAAGUUGUGGAUGGUCAAAGAAAAGUAAUUAAGUUAUUAAACGAACAAAUUGCAAAUGAGGGAGAAGAUAAGAAGUUUCUUAUUGAUAAACUCCAAGACUUCAACAGGAAGAAAUUUAAGUUUCAAAAGAAGAGACUCACAGAAAGAGAAGAUGAGGUCUACUCAGACAAUUACUAAAAGGAAAGAAGAUACCAGUUUUCUUCUGGCUGUGUUGACAGAACUAACAAGACAAAAUAGUGAAGCAGCUGAUAUGACUUGACUCUGUGAAUUAUUAAGGGAUGCCUGGAAUUGUAUCUUUUUUUUAUAUGAGUCAUUUGGCUGGCUACACUAAGUUGUAAAGAUGCAGCAUGUUAAACAAAACUGGAGUCACUGCAGCAGCAAAAAAAUUGCAAAAUGUGAUAUCCACUUCAUAGCAUCUUUCAAUAUGAUAUUGCAAACUGAUUUCUCCUUUUUCACAUUUUGCUUUGUUGGACUUUAAUUCUCUGUAAGUUGUCUUCCAGGUUUGACUUGUGUCUUUUCUUGGAUGCAAAUAGCAGUCAGAGAAGAAAUCUGCUGCAACUCCUUGGGAGUUUCCAUGUUGAAUCACUUUAUGAAUUGUAUAGGUGUUUAUUUCCUUGUUGACAGAAAUACAGCUCUACCCGUAUUUCCCUCCAAGAGCAUUGAUUGUGCUGUUGAUGUCUGCUGUUGUGGAAUUAUGCAGCAGCAAGUACUUACACAUCAAUGUGUCACUGAAAUAUAAAGCAAAAGACUGUAACAAUUAUAGGUCAAUUGUAAAUGUUCUGCCUUUCUUAUUUAUAAUGUGGAUGGCAAUUCACUUAACAGUAGCCUAAAAUAACCUUCAGCUUUCAAAGUAACAUGCAGCAUUAAGAAUUCAUUUAAAUUCCACAGGUAUAAUUUUUAAUUAUACCACAGGUAUAAUUUGUAAUUAGAAAUGCAGAUAUUAUAUGCUGACUUCAAAGUGACCAAGAACAAAAGACAGAUUUUUUAAAAACAUUUUCUUAGUUUACAGUAAAAGGAGCCAAUUAGUUGCUCAUGUUUUUGUUCCUUAAAAUUCAGAACCUAGCUUUAACAUGACUAAAACCCCACUUUGUAGUACGUGGAGACCAAGCUAACUAGAGAGGGACAAUAUCGUCACAGAAGUCUGUGAAUUUUGUUACUUGAGCUGUUGAAUGUCAUAUGAAAAGUCAUCAGAAAUUCUUUCUAUUCACUGAAAGAAAGAAAAUACUCUUUUCACAAUGCUGCAACUCAGAUAUGUAAUACCCCCAGUCUGGGAACUUCCAGAUAUUUAAACUUCUUUUAUUUUCAAGUAUUGAUCCAUUCAACUUUAGGUGAACUGUUGACUUUCUGAGCCAGAGAGUGAAAAUGUUUGGUUUAUUUAUAAGGCAUUAUUACAACCAGAUUCGGAAGCGUGACUUGAUUCCAUGUCCCACUCCUUUGCUGGUCACAGCCAUUUUUUAAAAGUAGUGUGAUUCUAUUGCCAAUUAUACAUAUCAGGUUGUGGAUAGCACAAUAUAGUCAAGUCAGCCAGGUUCUUAAGUAAUAAAUAGAGAACUAAUUUAUGACAAAUAAAACCCACUUGAGUAAAUACAUGUAGCUACCCUGUUUGCAAACUAACAUACAUGCAUACUUCCAAGUCUAGGAAAGAAAAAAAGAACACUGUAAAGUGUAAUCUUAAAAGUACUUGGCCAAGUGAUAGAUAAUGGCUGAAAAUGUGUUGCUGGUUAAAGCACAGCAGGUUAGGCAGCAAUCCAAGGAAUAGGAAAUUCGACGUUUCAGGCAUAAGCCCUUCAUCAGGAAUUUCCUAUUCCUUGGAUGCUGCCUAACCUGCUGUGCUUUAACCAGCAACACAUUUUCAGCUGUGAUCUCCAGCAUCUGCAGACCUCAUUUUUUACCCCAAGUGACAGAUAAUGUCGUGAAAAAGAAGAUGCACAGUUUAUCACAGAUGGUGGUCUGAGGCCAAAAUCACUUUUGCCACAAGCUGUUGGUACUUGGAUUUCUUCCUGUGUUGGUUUUAGCUGGAAGAAUUCAAUUGUUCAUGGAAACAGCAGGGACAAUUUCAGACCUCUCCUUUUGGGAACCCUGUGCUUGUGGUGGUGAACCUUUUAAAUGGGUUUUCAACUGUCACACUUUUGAAAGGGUUUUGGAGAAAAUAUGGAGGGCCAAAUUUAUUACGCAUGAAGCAAGUUAUCUCAGAUUGUCAACUCUAAUCUCUAGCUUCAUCACGAAAUGGGUCAGAUGACUGCUCUCAUAAAACAUUUUAGACUUGACAUCUCUGAACAAGCAGCUUGUCCACUUUGCAAAUACAUCAUUUGCACAUCAGGUGACACAGUGGCUCAGUGGUUAGCAUUGCUGCCUUGCAGCACCAGGGACCUGGGUUCGAUUUCAGCCUCUGGUGACUGUCUGUGUGGCAUUUGCACAUUCCCUCUGUAUCUGCAUGGGUUUGUUCCAGUUUCUUCCCACAAUCCAAAGAUGUGCAAGUUAGGUGAAUUGGCCAAGCUAAAUUGCCUAUAAUGUUCAGGGAUAUGUAGGUUAGAUGCAUUAGUCAAGGUAAAUGUAGAGUAAUAGUAGGGGAAUGGGUCUGGGUUACUCUUCAGAGGAUCAGUGUGGACUUGUUGGACCAAAGAACCUGUUUCCACACUGUAGGGAUUCAAUGAUCAUUGUUGCUAUUGCAUCCAGUCUCCUUUGAUUUGCAAUGUGUUCCUUCUAAAACAGCCAAGACUCGAGUUUGUUUUUAUUUAUUCAUGGGAUGUGGGCAUUGCUGGCUAGAGGUGGGCAUUCUGUCCACCUCUAGUUGCCCAGAAGGCAGGUAAGAGCCAACUACGUUGCUGUGCGUCUGGAGUCAUAUGUAGGCCAGACCAGGUAAGGAUAGCAGUUUCCUUCCCUAAAGGACAUGAGUGAACAAGAUAGCUUUUUCUGACAAUCAACUUUGGAUUCAGGGUCAUCAUUAGACUUUUAAUCCUGGAUUUUUAAAUUGAAUUGAAAUUCCACAUUUGCCUUAGCGGGAUUCGAACCUGGGUUCCCAGAACAUUACCCUAGGUCUCCGGAUUAGCAGUCCAAUGAAAAUACCACAGGUCCAUCACCUCCCCUGUAUAUCCAGUCAUUGAUAUUCUAAAUUAAUAGUUCAAAUAUACCUUCAUAACAUUAUUAUGACCUGCUCUGUGUUGUAAAUACUGUGCUGUAGCACAUUUUCAGAAAUUGGAUUUUGUGUUACUUUUUGUUGUUUAUGUGUACUUUGAGUGUAGCCCAAGGAUCCUUCCUUGGCCUCCUACCCAUUUCUCAUCCACAGACUGCCUCUCAGUGAUAUCAACUGAAAACAUACUCCACUUUCACAAAAAUGCUGACAACACCCAGCUCUACCUCAUUGUCACCUUCUUCAACCUUUCACUAUCUCUCAGCUGUCAGACUGUCUAUCAGACAUAUAGUACUACAUAAACUGAACCUUUCUCCAGCUAAAUAUUGGGAAGACAGUAACCAUUGUCUUCAGUUCUUGUCAUAAACUUUGUUCCCUAGCCACUUACUUCAUCCUCUCCUCAGUGACUAUUGGUCCUUGAAUCAGACUGUUUGUAACCUUGGUGACCUUUGACACUGAGACGAUCCUCUUAUCACAUAUUAGCGCCCCACUAUGAUUAAUUACUUUCACUGUAAAAUAGCCCAAUUUCUGCUGUGCUACAGCCUAUAUGUGAGUUUUCCAAAACUCACAUCCAAUAAUUGUUAUUCCUAUUCUGGACGAAAGUCUCAUUCACUGAUUUCCCCACCUCAUUGACUUACUCUAACCUCCAGUUAAGUAAUAUCUCAAUUUGAAAACCUCCACUUUGCAUUCAGAUCCCUGCAUAUUCUCAUCGACCUAUCUCUCUCAUCUCCUCGAACCCCAACACGCUCAGGGUUCUCUGGAGCUCGCUAAUUCUGAACUCCUGAGCAUCCUUGAUUUCAAUUGUUACGCAAUUGCUGGCCAUGCAUUUCAUAUUCAAAGCUUUAAACUCUUGAAUUCCCUCCCUCUCCUCCUCCACCUCACUACCUGUGUUUCUUUUGACAAGACCUGGCGUAAAACCUUUCUGUUUGACCUGUUUAUGGUCAUCCAUCAUAACAUCUCCUUAUUUGGGUUUGAUAACGUUACAAAAAGGAGACAAGAAGUUGAAACUUUUUGUUUUGCACUUGUCAGAAGUAAGAUGUAAGAUACAGCGUGCCCAAAAUGGGAGAUACCCAUUGGGUCCCAUUAAGUGGGAAGUGACAUUGAUUUGAAAAGCUAAUUCUCACUUGUACUAGGGUCAGAUAACUCCUUCUUAUGAAACUUAGCAUGGAAUUAUUCCGGAUCAUGUAAUUAAUAGUUUCAACAGAAUGUAAAAUUGUCUGUUUUCAAUAUGUUUUACUGUUUAUUUAUAUAAAAGAUGAAAUAAAACAAUUUUGCUGUAGCAUUUGGUAUUGAGUUACCGUAAGACAAGGAAUAAGGCUUCACACUGACUAAGCAAACUAUGACUUUAUUUAAUACUAACUGUGACAUGUUCACUGUUGCCAAAUACAAUGGUGUUCUAUUGAAUUCAAUUUGUACACAUUUGUAUGAUGAAAAUGGCCUGAAUUAUUAAA